UUCCACCCGAAAUUCACGUGCCGGCCUUGUCCCGCAAUUGACAGACCAAGCUCCCGACGUCACCCGUUGAAGAUAUCGGCACUUGGAUGUCAUCCACCACCUAAAGUCGAAUCCAUUGUGUCCAUUUUAUUCCAUCUAAACACAUGAGACAGCAAAGCAAGCCACCAUGAACAACUUACAAACACUCCCGCGAUUCCUUCUACCCCGUCUGAGCUGGCAGACCCCAGCCGCUGCAAGCGACUGUACACUACGCCCGGCGAGCCUCUUGCUGCGGCCAUCGAAAAGGCCUCAUGUCCAGGAGCGGCGGGAACAGCAGCAACAGCAGUCUUUGGCAGGCCCUAAACGACUUCUCCACACCUACAAUGAAGGGCAAAGGGCGCAGGCUAUCGGGCUCGAUGGCCACCGAUUGGCGAGGAAGGCCAUGGUUUCACCCAAGCCUAGAAUCCCCAGCACCAGGAGGGCAUUUCAUGCCUCGCCGCCCCGCCGGAAGGAUCAUCACUUUGACACCCUGAAGCUGGUCCAGCGGCUCCAGAGCGAAGGCUUUACCGAAACCCAGGCAGAGGCCAUGAUGAAGAUCCUGAACGACGUGAUAGAGGAGAGCAUACAAAACCUCACCCGCACAAUGGUCCCCCGCGAGGACGCCGCCAAGGCCACGUACACGCAAAAGGUCGACUUUGCAAAACUCCGCAGCGAGCUUCUGUCGACGGACAACACCGAGACCAACACGACGCGCGCCGCGCACGAGCGCCUCACCAACGACAUCGCCAAGCUCAGCAGCCGGCUGCGCGACGAGAUUGGUCGCACCCAGGCCAGCGUGCGCCUGGACCUGAACCUGGAGAAGGGCCGCAUCCGCGAGGAGGCCGUGUCGCAGGAGCUCAAGAUCAAGGAGACCGAGACCAAGAUCGAGCAGGAGGCCGCCGCUCUGAGGCAGCAGCUCGAGCAGGUCAAGUUUCAGACUUUGCAGUGGCUCAUGGGGCUUUGUACUGGUUUCGCCGCCCUCAUGCUGGGUCUGUGGCGGUUGUUGAUGUGAAGGGGGUGAUGCUGGGCAUUGGACUCUCUAUUAUUAUUAUUUUCUGGCUUACUGUCCGAAGCUUUGUUUCUUUUUUUCUUUUUCUUUUUUU